UAUUGCCAUUGAAUAUAGUUGUACCAUUUUUAUUUUUUUGAGGCGGAAGAGGAGCUUAUAUUAUGAUAAAUCAAAACGAGCCAUAUCAAGAAGUCAAGUCAAGAAGAGAAUUCGACUUUCAGAUCAUUAGAUCAAAAGAAGAAAGAACAAAACGAGCCAGCUCAUGGACAGCUCGAUUAGCGUCGCGCCGAGCAUGAAAGAACUCCAAAAUCACAUACUUGCAAGUGUGCUGAAACAUAUCCCACAAAUCAUCGCACAUAGAGUUGAAGUCUUGAGGUGAGUCUUGAAGAACAUGAAUAGCCAGCAGAGAAUCCGUAUAGAGCACGAUCGGACCGAGAUAAUUUUUCAAAACAAAAUUCGAUACCCAACAUCAUAGCGUGUAGUUCACCGAGUAGAACAGUGGUUGUAUAGCCAAGCCGCUGCAAAUAGUGUGUCAUUCUUAAUAGGGAAUUAAUCUUAAUUCAUUUAUUAUCACUAUGAAAAUUGAGCUUAAUCCUAAUUUGAUCUCGAGCAAUUGAACUCCACAAAAAGUGGUAUGAGUGUGAGGAGAAGUAGUCGUCCUCACAUUUCCUUAUCUUUCUUCACCACUCCUACCAAUUUACACACAGUCACACACUGCUUCUCCAUAAAAAAAAUAAUCUAGAGAAGCAUGGCCGCCACACUCAGCCUCCCGAAGCUUCCACAUCUCCAACCGCCGCGAAUCCUUCCCCAAAUCCAAUCCAAAUUACUCUGCACUUGCAAAUCUCAAAAUCCUUCCCCCAAACAUCCACACGCUGCCCCCGAAUUGCUCCAUCACCUCAAAUCGGUGUCUCUCCCUCUCACCGCAAUCGCAUUGCCUUUCCUUCUCCCCGCCGAGGAUGCAUUUGCGGCGGGAGGGGAAUUCGGGAUUCUGGAAGGCAGAUCGUUUGCGCUGAUUCAUCCGAUCGUGAUGAGCGGGCUGUUCGCGUACACCUUGUACGCUGGAUAUCUCGGGUGGCAAUGGAGGAGAGUCCGUACGAUUCAGGAGGAGAUCAACCAGCUGAAGAAGCAGCUCAAGCCGGUCGCCGUCACCCCCGACGGCUCCCCGCCGCCCGAACCGCCGGCGCCGUCGCCUCUCGAGGCUCAGAUUCAGCAGCUCACUGAGGAAAGAAAAGAGUUAAUCAAAGGAUCGUACAGAGAUAAACACUUCAACGCCGGCUCCAUAUUGCUCGGUUUUGGCGUGUUUGAAUCCGUAUACGGAGGGCUCAACACAUGGUUCAGAACAGGGAAGCUCUUUCCCGGACCUCAUCUCUACGCUGGGGCAGCAAUAACAGUGCUGUGGGCAGCAGCAGCUGCAUUAGUACCUCCGAUGCAGAAGGGAAGUGAAACAGCGAGAAAUCUUCACAUCGCGCUGAAUGUGUUGAAUGUGCUUCUCUUCAUUUGGCAGAUACCUACUGGGAUCGAUAUCGUCUUCAAAGUCUUUGAAUUCACCAAAUGGCCUUGAAUUUCUACACUCCAAAAAUAUAUAUAUAAUCCAUACUUUUGUUGUUUCUUUUAUGUAUUUCUAUAUCUUUCAUACAAUUUCGUUCAUGUAGAUGAGGAGAUAUAUAUUAGUGAGUA